AUGGCCAGCAUCGCCGAUCUACAAGCCCGUUUGAAAGAGCUCUCGACAGCUCUGUCCCACAUCCAGCCGCUGGUCUCUCGGUUAAAGGGCUUUACGACUGCAGUUGGACAGGGCGAUCAGCCGCGAUUGGAACUGGGGACGGAGAUCCAUACUCGACUGAAAGAGGCGGAGGAGCAAUUGGAGUUGCUGAAGGUCGAGGUUGAGGCCCUGGAGGCUGCAGCGGAUACGCGGCGCAAGGGUGUGGAUAAUGAGAAGGAGUCGGAGAGGGAACGGGUUAUUGCCUUGGCUGGACGGUUGGCGGAUGAUUUGAAGAGAACGAGAGGAGACUUCCGGAACGCACAAUUACAAGCGAAGCGGAAUGCUGAAGUCGCCCGACGGAAAGAGCGAGAGCUACUGUUUACGAGGUCACAAAGUGCGGAGAGGAAGAAGCAGUCGAGUGAGAAGCUGACGCAGGAUGAUAUUGUCAUGAAUGCUUCGAAUGAUGUUACGGCUGCGCUGAGACGGACGCAUCAGUUGAUGCAGGCGGAGCUGUCGCGGAGUCAGUUUGCGCAGGAGACGUUAGAUCAAUCGACUGCUGCGCUGUCCUCGCUGUCAGAAUCCUAUACAGAUCUCGAUUCUUUGAUUUCGUCGUCACGCAAUCUCAUCGGGUCUUUGCUACGCUCGCAAAAGUCGGAUACUUGGUACCUUGAGACGGCUUUCUACAUAUUGGUUGGCACCAUUAUUUGGCUUGUCUUCCGGCGGAUAUUAUAUGGUCCCCUGUGGUGGCUCGUCUGGCUGCCUCUCAGGCUGUUCGCGAGGUUCACGUUUGCUAUUUUGGGCGCCGUCGGGAUUACCAGUAAGGCUGUUCAGUCUUCUGAACCUAGUACGAUGCUCGAAUAUGUGCCGCAAGAGACCCCAAUGGUUGAGCAGAAGGUGGAGCCGAACAUCCAAAGUGCUGAGGGCGAAGCGGUCUGGGAUCAAGUUCCAGUUACGGAUGAGGCAGAGGAGGACCGCUUAAUUGAUGAGAUCGGCAAAAUGGUGGAAGAAAGCGAGGAGCAAGAGGAGACCAACAUUGACGACAUCUCAGAAGAGGAAAGGCAAAGGCAGGCGGAGUUGCCCCGGAACCCUAAGAAGAGGAUGUUCGAGGCUACGGAUGCCCGCGCUGCCGCGGCAGCAGCGAACCCUUCGAAGCCGAAGCCCACAGAUAACAAGGAAGAACAAGCAAAGCAACAACCAUGGGUUGAGAAAUACCGUCCCAAGACCCUCGAUGAUGUCGCCGCCCAAGAUCACACAACCAAAGUCCUUCAACGAACACUCCAAGCUUCCAACCUCCCCCACAUGCUCUUCUACGGACCCCCAGGUACCGGAAAAACAUCCACCAUUCUCGCCCUCGCCAAAUCCCUCUUCGGACCUUCCCUCUACCGCUCGCGCAUUCUGGAACUGAACGCCUCCGACGAACGAGGUAUCGGUAUCGUGCGUGAAAAGAUUAAGAACUUUGCCCGUGCUCAACUCACACACUCUACGGGGUUGGGUGAGGAAUACUUGGCACAAUACCCGUGCCCGCCAUUUAAGAUUAUUAUUCUCGAUGAGGCGGACAGCAUGACGCAGGAUGCGCAGUCUGCGUUGCGUCGCACGAUGGAGCAGUAUAGUCGGAUUACCCGUUUCUGCUUAGUUUGCAACUACGUCACGCGAAUCAUUGAGCCGCUGGCGAGUCGAUGCAGCAAGUUUCGAUUCAAGGCUCUGGAUAACACGGCCGCUGGAGAGAGAUUGGAACAUAUUGCCAAGGUGGAGAAUCUAAGGUUGGAGGAUGGAGUUGUGGAUAAGUUGAUUGCUUGCAGUGAGGGUGAUAUGCGACGGGCGAUUACGUAUAUGCAGAGUGCGGCUAAGCUUGUCGGGGCUGGCCGGGCUGGGAAGAAGGACGAGGACGAGGACGAGGAGAUGACAGACCAGGAGUCGGAGGUGAUUACUGUUCGGACAAUUGAGGAGAUUGCUGGUGUUGUUCCGGAAAGUGUAUUGGAUGCGUUGGUGCAGGCGAUGCAGCCGAAGAAGAUCGGGUCCUCGUAUGAGGCUGUUGCGAAGGUGGUUACGGAUAUCAUUGCUGAUGGGUGGAGUGCAACGCAGCUUCUUUUACAGUUGUAUCGACGGGUGGUGUUCAACGACGCGAUCCCUGAUAUCCAGAAGAACAAAAUCGUUAUGGUGUUCUCGGAUAUGGAUCGACGUCUGGUUGAUGGUGCAGACGAGCAUCUGUCUAUCUUGGAUGUGGCCCUUAAGAUCUCUGGCAUCCUGGGAGGAGCUUAG